GAGAAAGAGGAGGGGGUUGGUGGGUUGGUGUCUCUUAUUUCUAGUGGUCCCACAGAUCCCUCCUUACAGACUUACAGAACAACAGGUCUGAGUUCCAACCAUCCAAGGUCUUCAAUGAUGUUCAUCAGUAACAGAGUCUGGACGGAGGAAGAGCAGCAACGCAGUUGGAAUUAAAACGGUUUGAAGCUACUACUUGGACAAGCUGACAAGGUUUUAUUCGUCCUCAUCUAUAAAGGCAUGGAGCAGCCCAUGCUGAAAGCCAGAUCGCCAGUGGGUCAGAUGUGUUCGGUGGUGGCCCCCGCCUCCUCCAGCUCUCCCUCUCCAUCCAACACCGUUGGCCCCAAGGAGGUGGAGCUGAUUCUGGUGAAGGAGCAAAACGGGGUCCAGUUCACCACCUCCACCUUGGUCAGCCCUGCUGGCCACCCCCACGGCCAUGGCCAUGCUCUGGGACCCAGCCACGGACACACCCCUGUCCCUGGAGAAGAGAGGGAGACCUGGGGGAAGAAGAUCGACUUUCUCCUGUCGGUGAUAGGGUUCGCUGUGGACCUGGCCAACGUGUGGAGGUUCCCCUAUCUCUGCUAUAAGAAUGGAGGAGGAGCGUUCCUGGUGCCCUACAUGUUCUUCAUGGUGAUAGCAGGCAUGCCUCUGUUUUACAUGGAACUGGCUCUGGGGCAGUACAACAGAGAGGGGGCCGCUGGCGUCUGGAAGAUCUGCCCCAUAUUCAAAG